UCAAUUUUAUUUCAACAAUGUAAUUUAUCGUAACGAGAGAAGACUGAAAAGAUUAUUUUUGUACUCUUUUUAGUCUGAGUUUUCAGCCAAUUAACUUUUAGGAGACUAAAAACUCACCGUCGUAACGCAACCGAAUUAUGCUAUUUAAACUUCCCGCGCCACCGAAACCCGUUUCGAAGCUGCCUAGUUAAAUUCCGUUCCACAUAGAAGGUUCAAUUCGAUAAGAUCGCCGCAGUUCGCACCAAGAUGAGACUAUGCGCAUCUUCAUGAUGUGGACGAAAACAAAAAACUGAAAAUACCCGCAUGGAUUCAUACGUUGUAUAGAAAUUUCGUAAACAAUAAACGGUCGAUUGUCGUAUGCUGGGAGGGCGACACAAAUACGAUUAGUGACUAGCACGUUGUGUCAGCGUGGUCGAUAAAGCCGAAGCUACUAUCAACGCCACUUCGCCCAUCGCUAGCGCCAUAGUGUACAGGCCAGAUUGAGCUUCUUUUAUAAGAUCGUGAGUGGUGGCUAGUGAGUGAUCCCGUGCGGCGGUGUCAGCCUUGGCUCUGUUAGCGCUUCAGCUGCGUUUUUCGAACGACUAGCAGCGGGUCCAUUUUGUGUGAGAGCGUCUGCUACUUGCGUUGCGACGGUGGUAGUGCCAGACCGGCGGGCUGACGAUCAGCUCGAAAGUAGGCUCUCCUCUGCUGUUUUCGUGGCUGGCGAUCCACGAUCGUCAUUGUUGUUCCUGUGUAUGUAAGUGUCUGCUGUGUUUUUCGCUCGACCCACCAUUGUCUGUCUGUAUUGCCCGUCGUCGGUUCUCAUCGCUCGUUGCCAUUUGUCUGGUGUAGUGGUCGUUGUCUACCACAUUGGCAGCCGCCGCCGCCGCCGCCGAGCGCUAGUUGAAUACUACUAGAUUUUGAGAGCCGAUCUGACGAGCCGCCAGCCGUGCCUCUGGUGCCGACGACGACCGUACGGUUAUGCUGCUGCUGCCGCUACAAGAAUAAGUCUACUUAUUACUUACUGGCUGGCUGGCUGGCUGACUGACCGAUUGUUGCUGCUGCUACUGCGUGUGCAGUUGGCUUGAGUGGUUGUGGCUGGUAGUAGAAGCUGCUGCUACUACAGUUGCUGCGAAUACCGUACAAUCAACUGCAACAAUUGUCUGUCCCAAAAAACGUUUGUCUGCCGCUACUGGCUCAGGUUCAGUCGACUCCAAAGCUCCUGUUACUGCUGUUCCAAGCGCCGUCGCCGUGUCGUCAGCGACGACAUCCUCUGUGCUUGGUCCGAUCCCGGCUGCCGGCCAGAAGAUUCGCGGCGCUUUGUGGUGGGGAUGCAUGUGUUGUCUGUCGAAGCUCUAUCCAGUGUGAGCCCGUCAAUGUUACCGCUCGUGUGACCAAAAAGUCCAGGCGGCAUCAACAACUCACAUACAUUUCGUCGUUCCCAAAACGAAACGAUAGGAAUAACCGGCUUACGAGUACCUACGACUAACCGACGACUUCCACCUACCUGUGCCUAUAGCGUGAGUGUUUGCCCUGUCCAGCCCCCUCCCGCGUACGUUCCUAUUCCUUCACAUACAACUUCACGUGCAGCUGCCGGCAGCUAACCAACAAGUGCUGAAGCAAGCGGCACUGUGCGGGCGUGCAUGAGUGCGUGCGUGUGCCUGUAUGUCGAUUGCUCAGCCUAUUAAAGAAAUCAGUGAGUGCGAUUGUGACGACGACGAUUGCUGCUGCUGUUGUUAUUGCUGCUGCUAUUGGAAGCGUUUCUCUUCUCGCUCCUGUAUGUGUGUGCGUCUCGUUUCCGUAAAAGUUGUGUCGUGGCCCUUCGUCUAGCGGUGGCGUCCGGCUGUGGUCGUGCUUGUCGUCGCCGUAUCAAUUCCCCGCUGUUGCUGCUACUAUUACUACAGAGCAGAGCGGUUGCUGCUGCUGCUGCUGCUGCUGCUGCCGCCGCCGCCGCCGCCGCUGCUGCUGCUGCUGCUGCUGUUACCCCGUACCAUGUUGUGACUGCCUGGCUAUUAUACAUACCUACUUCCAGUGUUUUGCUACUAUGACCGCUGACGAUUAUUAAACAUUGACUGGAGGACUCAGUGGCCAACAACAGUCGAUAACAUCAACGGGAACAACAACAACGACGACUGACAUAACGCUACAGCAGCAGCUACAACGACUAACGACUACUAUAAACUUCGACAACGCACUUCAUAGUGCUCUUUUGUACCAUUCGGCGGUUCUUGAGCUUACUGCAUCGCACCAUCGCCAGCUGGACAGAAAACAAAGCUGGUUAAUUUUUACCAGCUCGCUUUCUACCGAAACCGACAGCAUAUCAUUGUUUAUGCAGGAAACGUUGGUACUACUUUAUUUACCAACUGCCAUCUACCUCUUGGUUCGCUUGUUUAUCAGCGUGUACACCAUUGUUGUGAACGUGGAAGUGCGUGACUUAGAGUGGCCGGUUACUUCCUAGAGCCUAUCAUUGGUGGCUGUUUGCGUGUUCUUCGGUGACAUACUCACUGAAAGACACGAACCAGCGAGUAAAUCGGAUUGCAAGCUGCCAACCCAAAAUAUUGGCGAGUCUCACUCUUCGUUGCAACUCUGAGAAGUAGCCCAACGGUGUAGUGACAGUUUAUUUACGUGCUGUCGCUGUUGGGUAGAAGUCCGUUCGUUAUCUUUUCCUGCCAGAAAUUGUCUACUGAGCCGGGAAAAGAGAUGUCGCAAGCAGGCGGAGCGGCCGACGUGGACCAGCCGCGCACGCUGUACGUCGGCAACCUCGAAUCGGGCGUCACGGAUGAGCUCGUGGCAGCACUGUUUGGUCAAAUCGGCCCUAUUCAAGGCUGUAAGAUUAUCACAGAGUCCGGUGGCGAUCCGUACGCUUUCGUCGAAUUCGUCAAUCAUACGGACGCAAGCGCUGCACUGACUGCCAUGAACCAGAGAAUGUGUCUCGGCAAGGAGCUACGCGUCAACUGGGCUUCUUCCGCGGUCCAGCACAACCAGGCACAUCAUCGACAGGACACAUCCAAACACCAUCACAUCUUCGUCGGUGAUCUCUCGCCACAGGUAGAGACGCAUGAACUUCGUGAGGCAUUCGCGCCCUUCGGUGAAAUCUCCGAUUGUCGUGUUGUCAAGGAUUCGGCCACACAAAAGUCGAAAGGCUACGGUUUUGUUUCGUUUAUGAACAAAGAAGAUGCCGAAAACGCAAUUCAAAUGAUGAAUGGUUCGUGGUUAGGCAGUCGCGCGAUUCGCACAAACUGGGCUACUCGUAAGCCUAUGCAGAAAGAUGAAACUCUCGCACACGGCGGCCAUGGUGGUCAUCACAAAAAUCUGAGUUAUGACGAAGUCUAUAAUCAGUCAUCGCCAACUAACUGUACCGUUUAUUGCGGUGGCUUAGGACCGGCUGCAUCUUCGGAAGACGCUCUUCGUCAAGCAUUUGAGGAGUUCGGAGAAAUCAUUGACAUUCGUGUGUUCAAAGAGAAAGGUUACGCGUUCGUGAAGUUUGGUGCGAAGGAGUCAGCGUGCCGGGCUAUCGUCGCUCGACACAACCAGGACCUAGGUGGUCAACCAGUUAAAUGUAGCUGGGGAAAAGAGCAGGAACAGCCACCGCAACAACAUUAUCCUUACGGUGAUCCCUACCAGAUGAACUAUUGGUAUACGGGUUAUGGACGCGUCGACGGGGGAUAUCAUCCCCAGAUGAAUCAGAUGGGCGGCGAUUACAUGAACCAGAUGUAUUCGCCAGCAGCGCCGUAUGGCCAAUACUAUCAGCAAUAUCCGAUGAUGGGAAUGCCGCAGGGAGGCCCAUCCGGCGCAGGCCCAAUGCCCAUGCCCCCGUAUCCACCCCAGCAGCAGUAUCCUACUCAGUAAAGCUGUCGUCAGUAAACACCCUUCUCGGUCCGCUUAAGAGCGUAUCAUAAGAACGUCCCAUCGCCCAUCACCAACGUCGACAGGUGGAUCAAUCAGGGAUGGCCGCAAUGACAUCUACAAUGAUUCAAGUGGGAACAUGACGAAGCCGCGGUGGAGGCAACAAAGGCUAUGAAUCUGUCAUAUACAAUAAGGGUAAAGUGAGGUCGAUGGUGUAGUUAGCUUCUUUAACCUUAGUUUAUUCUCAACGGAAGCAUACUACCCUUCGAGAAAUGUAAGAUGAUAUAUGGAGUUCGAUUAGAGUUAAAGGGCGGCUUUUGUCUGUAGUAUUGGGAGCGAGAAGGAUAGGGGAGGAUUCGUAAGGUUGGUGCUGUGUGAGUGGGGCUAAACGGGUAAGGUUACAAGAUGCUACGACACGAUGCUAGAAGAAGAACAACGUUCUAGUUUCAUAAAACGGCCAGACAGUUUGUGAAAGCUACGCAGCGAUAAAGAGACUGAGAGCACGAUGAGAACAAGCAAUCAAAGAGUACGAGAUAAAUAGGAGAUGUAACAGACAAUAUGGAACGAUCAACAGGUGAUGAGACAAUGACUCGAAAAAUGUUGAAGACUGAUAAACAAAACAUAACAAUAAUAUAAAAAGGGGGCAGCUUCUUACGGUUCAAAAUAAUACUUCGGUAGGGGAUGCCGGUGCGGAAAUGUGCAAACAUAUAGGGAAGUUUUUUUCGGAGUGCUGGUUUGGCGCACGCUAUCUCUAUGACGUGGUCAUAACAACGGAUUUGUUCGAUUCGUUCUUCUUGUAUGUUUUACGUUGCUGACGGACGGUGACAAUAAGGAAUUCAAGCCAGAGGAAGAAAGUAAACGUAGUCCGUGUAUAUAAAAAGUCGAUCUUGAUCAUUUUUCAUUAAUACUUUGAACAGCACAAAACAACGAUUUUGGAUCUGACGCUGCUUACGCGUCCUUUCAUUCUGAAAUAACGAUAGAAAGCUUGUUCACUAUAGUUAAGUUGCUAGAAACAAAUAAUGUGGUCGUUCCCGGGAAUUUCCGGAUUGCAUGCACACCACCGAUCGAUGGUAACUAUUAACAAACAGAUAAAACGCAAUGCAAUAUACCAACCAAGUCGUUUAUGGAUCAACGACUAGAUUAUUCCUGACAUUGAGAGUAGUCACCGCUCAAGCACGAGUCGCUGCCCUCCUGGACAGGUCGACACAUAAAUACAUCGAUAGUGCAGGGAUCUUGCGCAUGUUGCUAUUGGAGAGCCCCUUGGCAGGGAUCAAGAUAGGACGGAAGGAAAAUAACAUGUGUGCCUAAGAGUAACGUACUCGAUUCAGGUUCGUACUUGAUUCGUAAGAAAAACGCAUUGCUACCAGAGUAUAACAUUCGAAAACUGCAGCAGUUUCGUAAGUCAUAAUUAUGCAUAGGAUAACUUGUGGAAAUGCAUUGCUAAUAAUUAGUCAAUGUUCUUUUCGAAAUACACUGCUCGAUGCGAUAUAAUAUCAAGUUUAUGAUGAAGUUAACGCGCGGUUGUGCGUAGAUGUUUUGUAGCGACGAGGAUUUCAGAGCAUACAAGGAACACUGCUAAUCGUAAUAGUAUGAUAGAAUUUACAAGUCGCCAAUAGAAUCUGUUUGAUCGAUGGUAGUAGAAGUAUAAGGUUGAUUUUGUCUCUCGUGGAUGUCAGCGACAACAUCAAUACCCGAGCAUAAGAGGAAAACGAAAGAAGUGUCAAUAGAUCCAGCGGAGUGCAAGAAGGCUUACAAAAUGAGAAAACCCGCUUCAUGAGAAUGUUGUUUAAAGGAACAUCGAUUAAUUGAUGGCUUGCUUGGUGCGGUAUGGUAUGGCCAUAAUAGACGUCCGGAGCAUGCUGUGCGUGCCACCUUACCGCUUGAAUAUCGUAAUGAUGAUGACCAUUAUAUAUGAAAUAUAAUUACUAUUAUUAUUAUUAUGCAUAACACAGUAAUAUAGAUGAUCUAAAAUGCUACUCUGUCGCCGAACAAUGGGCUACGCAUCUAUGAUCAGAAAUGGUGUUUGUUAUUUGAGAAAAAAAAGAAUUUUGUUAGAAAUAAUGAUGUUGAGCGAUAUAGUUAGUUCGAUAGUAGCUUGAAAAUACGAUGCAUAAUGGGAUAAGAGUAAGUGAAGUUGAUGGAAUGUGAAAGUUAAUUGCCACAUUGACAAUGCUGUAUCAAUAUUACUGACAAUGGAACAGUACUAUUGCGAGCGAAGGUGACAUGUAGUGAACUACGUUGAUUGUAUUCGAGAAGGUGAAAAUAUUAAGGGAAAUAUAAGGGAAAAAUAUCAAGUGACGAUCAAAUAAGCCCCAAAUGGGUAAGUUCAAGUUGGUAUAUGAUUUGCACGCGAAAGUGCUAUCGGCUAUACGCUCAACAACACAGCAGUAACAAAAACAGUCCUAGAAACGCAGAGAUAACAACAAUAACAUGAGCGACGAAGCAGGAGAAGUGAUUUCGCCCGAGUCACUUCUAGCUGUGUCGUUGUAGUGACGUUAGAUCCACGAUGUGAUACCUUCAUACGGGGCGAGGUUAAGUAGUCCAAAAUUCAGGAGGAGAGGUUUUUAGACGAACGCAGACAUACCUAGGUAUGGAUGGAGCAAAACAAUCGAACGUUGAAGAACAACAAUACAAUGCUGACAACAACUCACCAUGCAGUUUCUAUGCGCGAAAAUCAGCUUGACAGCUCGACGAACAAGCAAACUAUAAAAAGCGGGUGGCAUUUUGGAAUUAUCAAGAGUGUACACUGUAGUAAAUAUAUAUAAACGUAAGUAACAGAUAUGUAUCAAUACCAUAUAUGGUACAACACAGUAAAAAAAAUUAUAGGGAAUACGAGUCAAGUGUAAUAAAGCCAGUGGACAGCUAGGAGUAUGCUGAUAAGUGAGCGGAAACUGCACAUAUAGGUAUUGCAUCAAGAGAACUAUAACCGAAAACAUGUUAAGCAGCAGUGGGUAGUGCGGAGAGUAACUGGAAUGAGGCGGAUAUUAAUACAGCUAUAUUUAUGAAACGUCGACUAUUACUAUUACUAUCGAAAUUAGCGACGAUGGUGACUAAAUGCCGACAAUGGUGUUGAAAAUAAAGCGUACUUUAAGACGCUUUAAAAUUAGCAAAAGAGAGAAAUGAAGUAUAUUUUCUAAGUACAUGAAGCAAACAUGCCGUGUAGACAAUAACGACAAUUAUAAAAUGAAAAUUAGAUAUUAACCUUUAAAGCAAAUCCUCUGAUGCAGAUCUAAAGUAACACCACCGGGAAACUAUUUUCCAUGAUUUCGUGACAGUUGACAGAUAACGGUUACGGUAGAGACUAUAGAAUGGUUAGUAACAAUUCACUGGGCCGAUACCACAGAAGACUGGAUAAGUGCUUCAAGUUUGCAGUCGAUGGUGAAACUGCGAGUACGCAGUGAGUAGAUCCAUCUUAUCGCUUCUUCUAGACAACGUUAAUCAUGCCAGCAUAAUCCUUUCGCAUAUUAUUCGGACGUGCGACUUACAAGGGGUGAAGUGAACUCUCUAAAGAUGUCUGAUUUCAAGUUGAUACAGCUGACGCAGCGCGACAAGCAGGAACCAGCAGAAAAGUUAGCCAACAACGACGUGUGCGGUCUUUAACUCUGAGAGGAAACCGGUAACUGGAACGAUACUAGAUAACCACAUGGUAGGCAUAAGUCUGUGGAAGUAUAGAAUGAAAAUUUCUAGGAGAAAGUAAGGGUCCUGAAACGAAAAUUCGAGGCCUCACUGAGUGAACGAACGACUGACUACAAGUCUUUUUCACCUUCUAUUCUAUAUCAAAACGAUUAUUUUCAUGUCUGAGGCUAGAAAAUAAGGGGGUCUAGUGCGAAUAGCGGUGUCAGGGUGUCUCAGAUAAAUGCUAUCUCGAGUUCGUUGCAGGGACCAUCGUAUUAGGAUGAAAUAAGCACGAGGAUAGGUUAAAAUUGAAAUACGUUUACGCAUGCGUUUACACAGAAGGACGAACACAAAACUAAUGUAUGACGGAGGAGAGACAAUCGGUGACCAGCAAAAAGUAGUCAGAACUGGCGCGAAAGACAACUUGUUGGCCGCCCUUCCGCGGGAACGAAGUGUGACAGAAGCAAAUGAUAAAAUGAUAACACAAAGCAUGAAAAAAUGAUACAAUAAACAGAAAAAGGACUAUAAGGAAGAUAUGGAAAAAUUGGAGAUGCGAUAAUGAUAUAGUAGUAGCCAGAAGGGUGAGAAAAGUAUGGGUGAGAGAAACUUGUUGAUAUAAAGAGAAUGCGAGAAGCAAGCUACAAUAAAAUAUGAGAAAAUGUAGGGGUUGACAGACGACAACCACUGCAAAUGAUGUAUUUAUACAAAAAAGGCAAACUAAUUCUGUUUUCAUU